UCCACGUCAGAGGGAACCGGGCGGAGCGGCCAACAUGGCGGAACGCAGGCGACACAAGAAGCGGAUUCAGGAAGUUGGUGAACCAUCUAAAGAAGAGAAGGCUGUAGCCAAGUUUCUUCGAUUCAACUGUCCAACAAAGUCCACCAAUAUGAUGGGUCACCGGGUUGAUUAUUUUAUUGCUUCAAAAGCAGUGGAUUGCCUUUUGGAUUCAAAGUGGGCGAAGGCCAAGAAAGGAGAGGAAGCUUUAUUUACAACGAGGGAGUCUGUGGUUGACUACUGCAACAGGCUUUUAAAGAAACAGUUUUUUCAUCGGGCACUAAAAGUAAUGAAAAUGAAGUAUGAGAAAGACAUAAAAAAAGAAAAAGAGAAAGGAAAAGCUGAAAGUGGAAAAGAAGAAGAUAAAAAGAGCAAGAAAGAAAAUCUAAAGGAUGAAAAGACAAAAAAGGAAAAAGAAAAAAAGAAAGAUGGUGAAAAGGAAGAAUCCAAAAAGGAGGAAACUCCUGGAACUCCCAAAAAGAAGGAAACUAAGAAAAAAUUCAAGCUGGAGCCACAUGAUGAUCAAGUUUUUCUGGAUGGAAAUGAGGUAUUUGUGUGGAUCUAUGACCCAGUUCACUUUAAAACAUUUGUCAUGGGAUUAAUUCUUGUGAUUGCAGUGAUAGCAGCCACCCUCUUCCCUCUUUGGCCAGCAGAAAUGAGAGUAGGUGUUUAUUACCUCAGCGUGGGUGCAGGCUGUUUUGUAGCCAGCAUUCUUCUCCUUGCUGUUGCUCGUUGCAUUCUAUUUCUCAUCAUUUGGCUCAUAACUGGAGGAAGGCACCAUUUUUGGUUCUUGCCAAAUCUGACUGCUGACGUGGGCUUCAUUGACUCCUUCAGGCCUCUGUACACACAUGAAUAUAAAGGACCAAAAGCAGACUUAAAGAAAGAUGAGAAGUCUGAAACCAAAAAGCAGCAGAAGUCCGACAGUGAGGAAAAGUCAGACAGUGAGAAAAAGGAAGAUGAGGAAGGAAAAGUAGGACCAGGAAAUCAUGGAACAGAAGGCUCAGGUGGAGAACGGCAUUCAGACACAGACAGUGACAGGCGAGAAGAUGACCGAUCCCAACACAGUAGUGGAAAUGGGAAUGAUUUUGAAAUGAUCACAAAAGAGGAACUGGAACAGCAAACAGAUGGGGAUUGUGAAGAGGAGGAAGAAGAAGACAAUGAUGGAGAAACAACUAAAUCUUCACAUGAAAAAUCAUAAUCUGACUAAUGUGGGGACUAAAUAAGUGCAAGAGGUUGGAUUUUCUAGGUUGGCUGAUCAUCAUAAUGUACACAUGACAUUUGUAGCAUUCUUUAAAUCCAUUUACUGAAGUGGAUUUGACAUCCAAGCAGUUAUAUUCAGCCCCUCGUUUCAUGUAAUACUAUUAUUGGUACAGUCUAAAGCCAUUUGUAAGUUUUAUCUAUUUGAUAAUUUUACAGUAAAUAGGUCUCAUUUAUUUUGAUAGUUAUCAAAGAUGCACUUUCCACAGUGACAUUUACAUUAAUGACAUUUUUUGAUAGUUGUAUGGCUUUUUACUGUUAGACUAAUCAAAAUAACUAAAAGGGAUAAAAACAAACACCAACGUUUCAGAUUAUGCAUAGUUAUGUAGCCAUUUCACAGUUUCUUUAAGGUGAAAUGCUUAAAUUAUUGUUCUUGAUAGUUUAGCUUUUAGUGAUUAUAAAAUUAUACCAGAAAAUUUCCAAGAUUCUGAGUUAGCAGGGUUCAAAAGCAUUUUGUGGAAACAAGCCAACUAGUAAUAAUGCAGCAACACUUUUAGUUUAACUACAAAUUCUCCUUUUCCAACUUAGGAAAUCCAAACUGAUUUGUACGACCGAGUCAGAGUAAGGUGGUCAUCUCCAACAGAGGAAGCAAGCAGCAUUGGUUGGAAGGUGAUGGCUCUUCUUCCCAUUUUCUUGUCAUAAAGUAAAAUGUAUUCUGUACAUAAUUUACAAAUAAACAUUUUAUUUUAAUUGA